AUGACCGACUGCAAAGUCGUGUACUGGCCGCGGCAUUUGUGGACGUCGUCGACGUGCGCGUCGGCUGCGCACGUACCGUCUGCAGUAUGCCAACGAUUGUCUCAAGAUGCCCUGUGCGUCGUGUCGCUGGAGCUGCAACAAGAGGUCUCUGGUGGACUUGAGGUGCUGCUGUCGACCACAAACGUCCGCACGGUCCGUCACGUGGUCCUCUUCGACGCGCACGUCGCGGCCCGCGGAGAGUUUGAGACACUUCACUCGCCGCAUCUGAUGCAGCAGAUUGGCGAGCGAUUCUCUGGUAGUAACAAGUGCGAGACAAGAGCGGCUGCAGCGUCAAGUGGGACCAGCGCAACAAUCACGUGGCUGGUGGAGACGGUGGGAUACUAUUCCUUCUACGUGCCUUUCACGGCGCUGCUGGUGGUCACGACUGCGGGUCAGCGCCUUGUACACGAUAUGCACUUUCCAAUGUGGUUUCCGGCUGGUGGCGGGAAGAGUGUGGCGGACCUUUCGACGUUCAUGGCGGUGCUGACUCAACAAGCGCACAACGCAGCGAGUUUGCCCAUACGUCUGCGGCAGUUGUACCGUUUGCGUAAAGAGCGAGAGCUGUCGCGCCGAGAACAACUGGAGCUGCUAGAAGUGCUCAACUGGAUAUGUUUUAUGCUUUUCGACAUGUUGCUCGGACACGUAGCACUGACGUACCUGGACCAAAUGGCGACUACAACAUUCUGCACCAUGAACGUCUUUCCAUCUACAAUGGUGGGGUUGCUACGAGGUAAUGUGGAGUGGCUAAUGGGCGCACCUGCGGGCUUUAAGCUGAACAAGCCACUGGCUUCCAUAUUGGGGAACGGUAUCCUCUUGUGGUUCAAUAUCUGGAGUUACGUCUUUGCCGAGAUCCUCCCACUGGUGAGCGGCAAAGGUCUAGGCCACACACUCUUGCGAGCGUCCGGGCGCGUGGGCUUGACAUUGCAGUUAGUGCUGAUGUCGGAUCUGCUGAACCUCACUACGUGGCACUCGCGUUGGAUCUACCUCUAUUUCGCAAAGCUGAACAGCCUGCAAUUCGGACUGUUUUCGUCGCUGUCAAAGCUCUUCUUGGGCAAGAAGGUCAAUGUAUUGCGUCACCGCGUGGACUCGUGUGAAUACGACGUAGGCCAGCUCCUGCUGGGCACGCUGCUCUUCACCAUUUUGGUUUUCCUCGUGACCACCAACUUGGUGUUCUUUGCUUUCUUCGCGGGUGUGCGUGGCAGCAUACUGCUCGUGUCGCUGUUGCUUUGGCUACCAGUCGUGGUAGUGAGCUCUUUGCCACUGGCUUCGCUCUCCUACCGUGCGUGGGACCCGCACUUUUUUGUUGUCGGAAUGCAGCUAGAAGAAAACAAAGACCCGUCAGCCAACUACACCAUUAUAGAAAUCGGUGGCAUAUGCGAUCGAUCGCCGCAACGGGAAGCUCGACACCGGCAGAAGUUACGACAAGCACUUGCGUCAUGGGACACAAAUGAUCGACUCGUCAGUCAGUGGACUGUUUUCGAGCUUGUGCCAGUUGCGUCCAGUCUCAUGUCGCAGUUUACAAGGUUUCACGCGUACAGACAAGCCGUGAGGGAGCGGUACUCGUUGGCCGUUAUCGUGAAGGCUUGUCUUUUUGGUAACGUCGAGAUUGCGCGCGUCCCGCUGAGAGUUCUGUUUGGUCUGCACGAGUCAUGA